UUUAAAGUAUAACCACACAACUAUACUCUUUAAAAACACUUUUAUUAUUAAAAAAUAUAAUUUAAUAUUUUGGUGGCAAUCCCAAACAUACCUAGUUAUUUCCAUAAACAAACGUUUUUUGUUAUUUUAAGUUUUUUUAAUUAAGCAAUCGACAUAUCAAGAAUCCCUACUUUUGAGCGUACUUCCAUCGAUAUUAGCUACAGAAAAAAAUAACUCUUGUUAAAUACUAAUUAAAUACGUUUAUGGUAUCAAAUUAGGUACAUUACACUGUCUGCAUUACAAUUCAUAAAAUGAAAUAUGCUUAUAAAAAGAAACAAAAAGUAAAAAAAUCACUGAAAUAAAGUUUUUUUUUGGACAAAAAAAAGGAUGAUUGUAUAUAAAAAUACCUAUAAAUCAGUCAAAAUAAAAUACCUACCAUCAUCCAAUAGUCAAAAUAAAAUACAUUUGGACAAAAACAAAAACAAAAAAGCGAAAAAGGGUCAAAAUACCGGCAACUCUAACUCCGAACGACAGCGAGUCCGUCACCAAGGAAACACAAAACGACGCCCUCUGGUUGUAAGCGCAGAUAAGAUUCGCGCUUCGUAACCACUUCUACGACACUUGAGAAACCCAUCGCUGGUGCAAUUCGCAGGUCGUAGAUGGCUACAUGUUCAUCUUCUUCCACCAGAUAAUUCGUGUAGGCUCUCAUGGAUCAGCAGUUCAAACACGAAGGCUUCAUCCAAUCUGCGCCACCUCCAUUUCCUUCCGCCAUAGAAUUUCCUCAGCCCCCUCCUGAUUCCCGCGCUCCCUCCGGCCGCUCCCAACCCAAUUCAAGCCAAAGGCCUGAAGGGGAAACUAAGGAUUGUCUAACGGCUAGAAAGAUUCAGAAGGCUGACCGGGAGAAGUUGAGGAGGGAUCGACUGAACGAGCAGUUUCUUGAGUUGGGGAAUGUUUUAGAUCCAGACAGACCCAAAAAUGAUAAAGCAACCAUUUUAGCUGAUACAAUUCAAGUGCUGAAGGAUUUGACAUCGGAAGUAGACAAACUUAAAGCUGAUUGUGCUUCACUAACCGAAGAGUCUCGUGAGUUGACACAUGAGAAAAAUGAUCUCAGAGAAGAGAAGGCAUCUCUUAAAUCUGACAUUGAGAACCUUAAUGCUCAGUAUCAGCAGAGACUCAGGGCUAUGUUCCCUUGGGGUGCUAUGGAUCACUCAGUUGUAAUGGCCCCACCUUCAUAUCCAUAUCCAAUGCCAAUGCCAAUGCCUCCAGGUCCAAUUCCCAUGCAUCCACAUAUGCAGCCAUACCAUUAUUUCCCAAAUCAGAAUCCUGGGGUCAUUCCUAACCCCUGUUCAACUUUUGUUCCAUAUGUUACUCCUAAUACUCUGGUUGAACAGCAGUCCACCCAAUAUGUGUCGCCAGUAGUGCAUCCAGGAAGUCGGUCUCAUGUUUCAGGCAAACAAGAUUCCAGAAACAAAUUAUCCGGGGAGAGUAAAAUUGACAGAAGUGAGGAUUCAAAUGAUGUUACGACAGAACUAGAAUUGAAAACUCCUGGAUCUAUGACUGAUCAGGAUUUAUCAUCAGUACGAAGAAAAUCUCAGAAGUCAGCGAGGAAGGAAAUCAAGGUUACAGAAGGGAGUUCUUCAAGCAGAUGUUCUUCUUCUCGUAGUGUACAGGAUAGCUCAUCUAAUAGCGUAGUUGGUGGCACAAAAGCUGAUGACUGAAAAAGAGAAAAGGUGUCUUCUUGCAUGAAGGUGGCAAAGGAUGUUGGUUGGUUUUCAUUAGCAAGGUAUGGGGCGUUGAAUGGAUCUCCAUAUUCUCUUUGUUAGCAUGUUUAGACACUGAUAUUGCAGCAGGGAAAUGUACAAGAUAGGGUUAUCUAGUCCACAGGAAUAUGUAUUUUUUGUUGUAAAUAGCAGUCUUGAUAUUCAAGAAAGACAUUAUUUUAUUCAGUGAAAAUGUGAAAACAACAGUGUAUGUGGUUUAUUGUGGCUUUUGCAUCUAGCUGUAGCGGAUAGGAGAAGCUGCAGGGAUUUUUAGGGAUUCUUUUGUAUUGAGGGUGAAGGUGAAUAAGGGGAAAUAUUGUCAUGAAUAAGGUGAAUAAGGGGAAAUCUACUCAUGAGUCAUGGAGAUGACUCGGAUGAAAUAAUACAAUGUUCAUUUCUGUUC